UUCUAUCUAGAUCAUACAAGAAAUCAAAGGCAUUAAUUUAUUUUCGGUGUUCAUAGCUCCCUGCUGUUUUCCUCUUUUCUGAGGAAUUGGUGCGUCUAAUUUCAAGGCCUUUGGGGACAGUUAUACCGGGAGCAAAUGCUAAUAUCUCAAUUGGAUAGGCUCGGAUUAGUGGAAAGAAGAAAAGAACAAAGCCAGGAAGAAAAAAGAUAUAUGACCAUGGCCAAAGGAGCGUAGUAUCUGGAAUCUGUACUUCAAGCCUGGGCAAUGUCUUUAAUUGGCUGGGCAGUCCUCAAGGUUACUGCAAUGCCCACUACACAUCUCAGUGUUUCUAUUCAACCUCGCCUGUCUGAAGGGGUUCUGUGCUCUGCAGAUGCUACUAUUUCUAACGCUAGAUUACAUCAAAGAUUUUUAAGAAUAUCCAAGUCAAUUGGCUUCACACCCUGUUCAACUAGAGUUAUACCGAAUUCAUAUGGAUUCUACAGGAAAUGGAAAAUCAUGGCAAGCGAUGAUGUCGUGGGAGAAGAGAACAAGAAGAAGACCGUCUCUGUGGAGGAAAAAACCCAAAAAAAGUCUAUGUCUAAAGGUGGUAAGGGAUUUGGGUCACCUAAAUCAGAACCCUCAGCCUCAGUGCGAAAGAAAGGUAGUAAUGGGGGUAAGGAAACCAAAGAGAGAACGAGCAGCAGCCCCGUAAUUCGUAGGACUCCUCUAGAAAAGCCAUUUACAGUUCCUCAGGGAGAUCCAAAAAUUGAAGAGAAUGAGGGUGCUUUUCUUAUAACUUGGGCUGCGCUUGGAAUCCUGAUUCUUGUGGAGGGAGUUGUUUUGGCCGCAUCAGGAUUCUUGCCCGAAGAAUGGGAUUAUUUUUUGGUAAAGUACCUGUAUCCUUCCUUCACUCCGACUGUUGCAGUGUUCUUUGCUGGUACUGCAGCAUAUGGGUUAUAUAAAUAUUUGGGUGGGGGAUCGCAGAAAAGCUGAUUUGUAGCAUUUCUGUAUUAGAAACAUUAUUGAAUGUUUCUCCUGUGGUGUACAUUAUAACACAGAGAAUUAUGUAAAAAUGUAUCUUAGGAAAUGGGCAAAAUGUUAUAUUGGGCCAAUUUUGCUCUCUUUUCAUAAUGGAACAAUUCUUCAAACACAUUCAGGUGUAUUUAACCAUCAUAUAUCAAUUUUGCUUUUGAUACUGAAAUGUAGAGGUUUCAAAAAAUUGAGAAGUAUAUGACUACAAUAAAGCUUUAUUGUAUCUUUUGAUCGAUCAA